UGUAUUGCCUCGCCCCAUCGUUACAGCCCAGCCAGUGGUGAUGGUGGUGGUUGUUUAUCACGUGCAGCUAUUGGUGUUCUCAUUUCGUUAAAGGUAUUCACGAAAUAUUGAUAAAGUGUCUACAGAGAUCUUAGAAAAGUUUUACAAAGUCCUUCGUCGUAAGAUUUCUAAAAAAGUUCUUCAGAAUCUUCUUCUGGGGACUUCCCCCUUCCCAAAUCCACUGCCCUCCGUAGUAUCAACUUUAUUACGGUUCACUACACUUUUCUGAUUGAAACCUUUAGUUAAGGAGUAGAAACCUUUAAAGCUGACAGACAGAGUAAGUGUUCACCUAAUACCUUUGUUAUCAGAUGACUGGUACACACUGUAAAGAGGUACAAAUACUGACUUAACUAAAGUGGUAGAAAUAUUAAUGUUAACUAAAGUGGAAGAAAUGCUAACUUAACUAAAGUGGCAGAAAUACUGACUUAACAAAAGUGGUAUAAAUACUAACUGUUAACUAAAGUGGCAAAAAUGCUGACUGUUAACUAAAGUGGUAGAAAUAUUAACUGUUACCGAAAGUAGAAGAUGUACUAACUGUUAACUAAAGUGGUAGAAAUACUAACUUAACUAAAGUGGAAGAAAUACUAACUGUUAACUAAAGCGGUACAAAUACUAACUGUUAACUAAAGUGGUACAAAUACUAAUUGUUAACUAAAGCGGAAGAAAUACUAACUGUUAACUAAAGUGGUAGAAAUAUUAACUUAUCGAAAGUGAUAGAAAUACUAACUCAAAUAAAGUGGUAGAAAUAUUAACUGUUAACUAAAGUGGUAGAAAUAUUAACUGUCACUGAAGUGGUAGAAAUAUUAAUUGUUAACUAAAGUGGUAGAAAUAUUAACUGUUAACGAAAGUGGUAGAAAUCCUAACUCAAAUAAAGUGGUAGAAAUAUUAACUGUUAACGAAAGUGGAAGAUGUACUGUUAACUAAAGUGGAAGAAAUACUAACUGUUAACUAAAGUGGUAGAAAUAUUAACUGUUAACUAAAGUGGUAGAAAUAUUAACUGUUAACUAAAGUGGUAGAAAUAUUAACUCACUGAAGUGGUAGAAAUAUUAAUUGUUAACUAAAGUGGUAGAAAUAUUAACUGAAGUUGUAGAAAUAUUAACUGAAGUGGUAGAAAUAUUAACUGUUAACUGAAGUGGAAUAAAUACCGACUGUUAACUGAAGUGGUAGAAAUAUUAACUGUUAACUAAAGUGGAAGAAAUACUAACUGUUAACUAAAGUGGUAGAAAUACUAAAUUAACUAAAGUGGUAGAAAUACUAACUGUUAACUAAAGUGGUAGAAAUACUAAGUCAACUAAAGUGGUAGAAAUACUAAAUUAACUAAAGUGGAAGAAAUACUAACUGUUAACUAAAGUGGUAGAAAUACUAACUUAACUAAAGUGGUAGAAAUACUAAAUUAACUAAAGUGGUAGAAAUACUAACUGUUAACUAAAGUGGUAGAAAUACUAACUGUUAACCAAAGUGGUAGAAAUACUAACUUAAGUAAAGUGGAAGAAAUACUAACUGUUAACUAAAGUGGUAGAAAUACUAACUUAAAUAAAGUGGUAAAUAUAAUUUUAAAUAAGUGGUAGAUAUUUAAAUGAUAAUAAAUCCUGUCAACUUAAGUGGCACAGAUAGUAACUCAAAGUGGCUGAGGAACUAAUAGUUAUCUUCUUUUAUUAGUGUGGUCAGAACAGCAGUGAGUGCCAGAGGUCAUGGUGAGGUUAAACUUACUUAGCUGGGUGACAUCAGUGGCACUAAUUGUCACUCAUAUGUUGGCAGUGUGCGGAGUAGCGGACGGCGUGGCGCUAGAGCGAGGCACCAUCACCACCUACCACACCUCUGCCCUCCUUCACCACACCGUCACCAUCACCUGCCAUGUCCUGGGCGACGGUGACAUUAUGGAGGAGCUGGAGUGGAGGAAAGCGAACGGCACGGUAGAGAGAGAAAAGGACGUCCUGCCAUCCUCCCAGAUCAGGUUUCUAAAGGCUAUUUGGCUGUACCGGAGGGAGGCACCCGAGGCUGGCUACGGCGAACGUGACCUAACUGUUGACCCCAGGGUGAGCCAGACCCAAGACUGGUACACCUGUAACCUGACCAUCACACAGGUGCAGGCCAAGGACGAGGGCUUGUACAGGUGUAUUGCCAUUAACCUGUCUGCUGACACUACGGACAUCUACCUGACGGUGCAUUCGACGCUUCCGGUAAUAGAGCAGACGCCAGAGGUGGUGGAGGUGGAGGAGGGAGGUGUUGCGACCCUAGACUGCCCUGCCGUAGGUCACAUGGAACCCCUGGUGACCUGGAGAAGGCAGGACAGGGGCUUAAUGUAUGUUGAGGGUAAGAAGACGCCCAGGGCAGUAGUCACAGGCAGAAGGCUCAAGUUGACAGACGUGAGACGAAACGACGCUGGCAACUAUACUUGUACGGUCAGCACCCGCGACAUCCUCCACACCCGUAACAUCCGUCUGGCUGUUCUAUACCUAGCUGAGGUGUGGGCUACCCAGGAGAUGGUGAGAUCCCCGCUGGGCGCCUCUGUCACCCUGGAGUGUGAGGUGUACAGCUACCCUCCACCCUCCCUCCAAUGGAAACUCCCCAAUGGUACCGUGUUACCAGGUGGCGGGUCCACACCCUCCGGCAGGUUCACCCUCACACUACACAACCUGACGACACACCAGUAUGGGUGGUACUCGUGUAAGGCCUCCAACCCCGUGGGGGAAUCUGAGGCAGCCAUCACGCUGUACGCAGGGAAGGAGGAGGAGAGGCCCGUGGUGGUGUUGGGCAGCCGUGAGGUGAGGGUAAUGGCAGGUCACUCCGCCUCCCUAGUGUGUGACGUCCACCACCCUGGCCACUACAAGCUGGGGUGGUUCAAGCGAGGCUCACCCAAUAAAGAGCUGGUGCUGCACAACACAGUGGUGAUCAACGACCCCCGCCUCAACGCCCACUACCACCUGGUGAACGGUAUCGCUCGUCACCACCUCACCAUCCAAAACGCCCGGCCUAGCGACGCAGGGACCUAUGUUUGUCAGGUCAGCUCCAAGAUCCGUACAUCUCAGAAGGUUUAUCUAAGAGUGGUGGUGGAGGAACCUAAUGAUGGCGUGGUGACGAAGGAAGAUGAAGUGAUAAGGAGGGAAGGCGAGGCUGUGAAACUCCGCUGUCCCAUCAAGUGGAGUGAGGCCAACACCGUCACCUGGCGUAGACUGGACAAUGCUGCCAUCAACGUCACGCUGGAGCCUCCCUUACCCCUGGGAAGCGCGGUGAUGGCGGAGGGAGAGGAGCUACACUUCCCCAGUGUUAACAGGAGAGACGCUGCCACCUACACUUGCACCACCACCACCCGCGGCCCCACCACUACCCAUCACGUACACCUCGUUGUCCACUACGGAGCAGAGGUAGAGGCGAGCGAGGCUGUGGUGGGCGGAGUGUUGGGCGCCCGAGUGGUGCUCAAGUGCCUAGUGAAAGGGUCACCACCACCCACCCUCACCUGGACACACCUUAACGGAAGUGUGAUGUAUCAGAGCCCAGAGGAGAGGCCGUGGGUACGCUGGCACGAAGACCACACCAUGAUGUGGCUGCCCCUCCUCACCCCUGAAGCCUUCACCACCUACCUGUGUACGGCAGACAACUAUCUCGCCUCCUCUCAGGCCCGCGUCACCGUGUUUGAGCUCCCAAGUCGUGUACCGGAGGUGAAAGAGCAUGAUAGCAGGAGUGUCAGCACAGGUGCCCCGAGAGUAGAUGCUGUUUAUGAGGCUGUUGGCACUUACCUGGGCACGGCGGUUGUCCUUGAGUGUACCGCCGCGGGACACCCUCGACCCUCCGUCAGUUGGUCACUCAACCAUGAAGAUGUGGCGUCCCAGUGUGAAGUGACGGCGUGGACUCCGCUGGACAACCAAGUGGACACCUUCCUCACCAUCAGUAACGUUACGGUCCAUCACCUAGGCAACUACACCUGCUGGGCCUCCAACAGCUGGGGCCAGGACCAACACAGCAUUAACCUCUACGACGUGUUGUCAGCACCAGCGAGUAUAGGGGCUGUGGGAGGGGAAGUUCAGCGCCAAGGAGACGAGCAUCCUACCCCUGACACACUCAACUGAUGGUGCAGUAUAGGAGGAGUCCGAGACGUUUGGAGAUAGAGGAGCUGUUCAAGCGUUGGUCGUAAUCUCUUAAAUGGAGAUAAAUUUCCCAAGUGACCAAAGUUUGUGUGAUUGGUGAUACACGGUUACAGGCGUCGAAAGAUUACUGAUCAUGAGGAAAACGAAACGUCUACUACAAGAAACUAAGGGGAGAUCUCUGUUAGCAGGACUGUGUGAAGUUAUUGAUGCUCUUAUAAAGUUAAGCUAAUCUAGUUUUAAGGGAAUACUUGUCAAUCUUUGUUGUUCGGAUUACUAGACACUGGGAAUGUGACAGAAUAGGAAGUGGUGGAUUUUAACAUGAAACUGACUUGAAGAACUGUUGAGAGGAGGGAGGGGAGGGGGGUGCUAUGCGUACACUUCUAAACUCUGGAAAUAUUGUCAUCAAGUCGUAAGUCACAAAGUCCAUUAAAUUUCUAGUAUGACCUCGAGGACGGGUCAGGAAGUCCACGGGUCACUCUCACACGAUUUUAUAAACCUGUUCUUAACUCAUGCGUAAAAUAUUAAAGGAACAACAGUUAGGUCAGUUUUUAUAUCACUAUAAUAUCAAUAACAUCAAAAUAAGUUUAAGAUUUAUGUAACUCGUUUCUAGUUCCCCUUGUUUAAAAAAUAAAAUAAAUGUAAGAAAAAAUAA